AGCGAGUCGUGGCUUUAUAGGAAUCCUCCUACUGCUAAAACGCUUCUUCUUUUUUAUAUAUACACUCUUUUGAAAUCUUAUAAAAUGGAUUACAACCACAAAAGAAUGUUGAAAUAACUGUGCUUUCAGUUAGAAAACGGUCAACCGCAUGUAAAAUAUAAAAAUAAAUUAAAAAUAGCAUGAAAAAUGAGAAGAAACUUGUACCUACAUAUAUUAAAAAGCGUUAUAAUCCAUCUGCUCUGUUUAAAUCUCAUUUUUUGCGAACCGCGAGGAAUCAGAGAGAGAUACGAAACUCGCAAAUGUGAAAAACUUUCGAUAACAAUGUGUGAAAAAGUUGGCUAUAACUUAACCUUUAUGCCAAAUAAACAUGGACACGUGAAUCAAAUUGACGCUGGGCAACUUAUUCGUCAAUUUGCUCCCUUGGUUGCAAUUAACUGUUCUCCGUUAUUGGCACAUUUUGUUUGUUCCUUAUACGCUCCAAUGUGCGAUCCAGUAUAUAACAAAGAUAUUGUACCGUGUCAGUCGUUAUGUGAAAAUAUUCGUAAUUCAUGCGAGAAAUUCAUGAAACAAAACGGCUAUACAUGGCCAGAUAAUUUACAAUGUUCGCAGUUUCCAACAAGAGAAAAAGACCCUAUUUGUAUGAAGCCAGAUUUUGAUUUUCCUGAGCCUUCUAUUCCUACACAUUUGAAUCUGCCAGAUGAAAAUAAAAAAACAUCAUUAAUCCAAACAAAAGACGUUUUUAAGAUCAGAGACUUUAGUGGAUGCGGAUGCUUAUGUAAAUAUCCUUUUGUUAGCGUUAAUAGCAGCUCAAAUACCGAUUUAUUUCCGCCUUGUGUAUUGCCGUGCGGCCAAUACUUUUUUAGUAACACUCAAAAUAUUUUUAUGAAGUUUUGGUUAAGUCUAUGGUCUAUACUGUCUCUUAUAACAACUGCUGUCACGUUGCUAACUUUUUUAAUCGACCGCACAAAGUUUAAAUUUGUUGAGCAGCCAAUAAUUUUGAUUUCGUUUUGUUACUUUAUUGUUUCUUUUGGAUAUAUUAUACGUUUGAUUUACGGGUUUAAAGCAAUUGCUUGCAAUGAUCAUACCGGUUUCUUGCAUUAUGCUUCUACAGGACCAGCAAGCUGCACAGCAGUCUUUAUACUGACUUACUUUUUUACAAACGUUUCUUGGAUCUGGUGGGUGGUACUCUCGAUAAACUGGUUUCUUUCAUCAGGAUUGAAAUGGACCAACGGUACAAUAUCUAGCUAUUCUCAAUACUUUCAUUUUGUAGCUUGGCUAAUACCAACAAUCCAAACUAUGGCUAUACUUGCUAUGUCAGCAAUUGAUGGUGAUCCCGUCUCUGGUUUAUGCACGGUGGGUAACCAUGAUAGUAACACGCUUACAAUAUUUGUGAUUGGACCUCUGUUAAUAUAUACAAUGCUUUCACUGUCAUUUUUUAUUGCUGGCGUUGUUGCGAAACUCAGAAUAGAACAAACAAUUCGCAAUGAAGCUAAAAAUAAUUUAAAAAGUGGUCGUUUUUUAUCAAGAGUUGGAAUGUUUACAUUAAUUCUGUUUGUACCUGCAGUGUCAUUGCUCGGUUGCUAUUUUUAUGAACACAGUUAUAAAGAAAUAUGGGAAAAAUCAACAAAUUGUGAUUGUAUGCCAAUUAAAAAGCAACCUAUUUUCUAUAUAUUUUUGUUUAAAUACUUGAUGUCACUUGUUAUUGGAAUAGCAAUAGGUUUGGGAACAUUGAACUCAGAUGCUUUAGGCGCAUGGCGUAGAUUUUUUAAAAGACACUGCAAAAUUACAAAAAGUUUGGCGCAGGAAAAGAACGGCCAAUUAAUUCCAAACAAUUCUAAAAAAGGUGUUGCAAUUUAGUAUAUUAUUAA